UUGGGUUGUGCUAAACAAGAUGGCGGCCGUUCCAGAGAACCGAGUUCUGGCCUACAGUGUUUGUAAAUGGAGCUCGUACUCCUCUACCUACUUGCCAGAGAAUAUUUUGGUGGAUAAACCUAAUGACCAGUCUUCCAGGUGGUCCUCCGAAAGCAACUACCCUCCUCAGUACCUGAUUCUAAAACUGGAAAGACCUGCGAUAGCACAGAGCAUAACCUUUGGAAAGUAUGAGAAAACACAUGUCUGCAAUCUUAAGAAAUUUAAAGUUUUCGGAGGAAUGAGUGAGGAAAAUAUGACAGAAAUUUUAUCCAGUGGCCUUAAAAAUGAUUACAACAAGGAGACUUUCACCUUGAAGCACAAGAUUGAUGAACAGAUGUUUCCAUGUCGAUUUAUUAAAAUAGUACCACUUAUGUCAUGGGGUCCGAGUUUCAACUUUAGUAUCUGGUAUGUUGAGCUUCAUGGUAUCAGUGAACCUGAUGUAGUACAACCUUGUCUUAAUUGGUAUAGUAAGUAUCGUGAACAAGAAGCUAUUCGACUAUGCCUCAAACACUUUCGCCAACAUAACUACACAGAAGCAUUUGAAUCUCUACAGAAAAAAACAAGAAUUGCUUUGGAGCACCCAAUGCUAACUGAUCUUCAUGAUAAGCUAGUCCUUAAAGGAGACUUUGAUGCCUGUGAAGAGCUAAUUGACAAAGCAGUAAAUGAGGGGUUAUUUAAUCAGUACAUUAGCCAUCAGGAGUAUAAACCAAGGUGGUGUCAGAUCAUCCCUAAAACUACCAAAGGAGAUGGUGAGGAAAACAGGCCAGGAAUGAGAGGAGGGCACCAGAUGGUGAUAGAUGUUCAGACAGAAACAGUUUAUUUAUUUGGUGGUUGGGAUGGUACUCAAGACUUAGCAGAUUUUUGGGCAUAUAGUGUUCAAGAUAACCAAUGGCUUUGCAUAUCUAGAGAUACUGAAAAAGAGAAUGGUCCUAGUGCCAGAUCAUGUCAUAAAAUGUGUAUUGACUCACAAAGGCGACAAAUCUACACAUUAGGGAGGUAUUUGGACUCAUCAGUAAGAAAUAGUAAAUCUCUGAAAAGCGACUUUUAUCGGUAUGACAUUGAUACAAAUAUUUGGACAUUAUUAAGUGAGGACACAUCAUCAGAUGGUGGACCUAAGCUUGUCUUUGAUCAUCAGAUGUGCAUGGACUCAGAGAAACACAUCAUUUAUACGUUUGGUGGACGGAUUUUGACAUGUAAUGGCAACCUUGAAGACAGUCGGACAAAUGAACCACAGUUUAGUGGAUUGUAUGCUUACCAUUGUAUUUCAAAUACAUGGAAACUCUUACGGGACGAUUCUUGUAAUGCUGGUCCAGAAGAUGUUCAGUCAAGAAUAGGACACUGCAUGCUGUUUCAUAAUAAAAAUCGAUGUCUGUAUGUUUUUGGAGGACAAAGAUCAAAGACAUAUUUAAAUGAUUUUUUUAGCUAUGAUGUUGACCAUGAUCAUGUAGAAAUAAUAUCUGAUGGUACAAAGAAAGAUUCCGGAAUGGUUCCAAUGACAGGUUUUACACAGAGAGCCACAAUUGAUCCAGAACUCAAUGAGAUACAUGUUCUUUCUGGGCUUAGCAAAGAUAAGGAUAAGAGAGAAGAAAAUGUAAGAAACUCAUUCUGGAUAUAUGACAUAGCAAGAAACAGCUGGUCAUGCGUGUACAAGAAUGAUCAAUCAAUUAAGGAGAAUCCAAGUAAAAAUCUUCAAGAAGAGGAACCUUGUCCACGUUUUGCCCAUCAACUUGUUUAUGAUGAGAUGCAUAAAGUGCAUUAUUUGUUUGGGGGAAAUCCUGGCAAGUCUUGCUCUCCUAAAAUGCGGCUGGAUGAUUUUUGGUCUUUGAAGCUUUGCCGUCCAACAAAAGAGUAUCUUCUAAGGCACUGCAAAUACCUUAUUAGGAAGUACAGGUUUGAAGAAAAAGCCCAGAGUGAGCCUCUGAAUGCACUGAAAUAUUUACAAAAUGACUUGUCUUCAACAGUGGAUCAUUCAGACCCUGAAGAGACAAAGGAGUUUCAGCUCUUGGCAUCUGCACUUUUCAAAUCAAGCUCAGAUUUUAUCCCAUUGGGUUUCUCAGAUGUGGAUCAGGUCUACGCUCAGAGAACACAGCUUUUUGACACUCUCGUCAAUUUCUUUCCUGACAGCAUGACCCCUCCAAAGGGAAAUUUGGUGGACCUCAUUACAUUGUAACUCAGUAGAGGUCAAACAAAGGAAUUAAACCAUUUUAGUAUUUUAUUUCAUAGUAUCUAGAAAUAUUUUUAUAAAGAGUUCUAGUUGUACAGUGCUGGUUUAUGUAAAAUAGUUGUUAAAGGGGGGUAAGGGGAAGUGGUCGGUCAUUGUGCUCUUAUUUAGAGAGUGUGAUGACCUCCGUUUACUUAAUGUCAAAAUUAUCUUUUUUGAAUUUUUAAUGCAGAGUGCACAUGAAUGUUCUAAUUUAUUUUUUCAGUUAUUUUUACUGAAUAUAUGACAUGCAGGUAUACUCAUGAUAAUGUUAACAACUUGUAAAGCACUAUUUUUAUUUCUUAAUUUUGUUAUUGUUUUUGAUGUGCUUUCACAGUACUUUACAAGAUAAUUUUGAAUGCUGCAUAGUGUAUUAUGUUUAUGAAACACAAUUGACACUUUGUGUCUUUCUUUGCGUGUCAUAAUAACUAAAGGAUAAUGUAUAAACAAUUUGUAAUCUGGCAUUAUGAAACGUUUAUACCAUUCUACAUUUUCUGAAGAAAAAAACAUUUUCUGAUGUUAAGGGCUUUCUUGUCUCAACUUAAUUACAGAAGUGAUGGGGGGGGGGGGGUUUAAGCUGCAUGAUUUUUAUGAGACAGUGACUUGAAGUUCAGAUUUUCCUUGCCAUGUUUUGGGUUAUUAUGUAAAGACCAGCCAGCAGUGCCUUGGUGCACAAGGUCCCCACCCUCUAGAACAUAAGGCCUUCUGUAUAAGGCAUGUAGGUGCAGACACUAGAUACUCUCCUUGCUUUAAGAAUGAUGAGUUGCAGAAUUGUGAUUAGUUUACGCCAAACAGUAUUGAAUUUUUCAUAUUUUAGUAAGGUGCAAUAAUUGAAAAAUAUAGUGAUAACUGUAAACUUGUGUGAACAUGGGAAACAAAAUGCAAUACUGAACCCCUUUCAACUUCUGCAAAGAUGAAAUGUGAAACCAGUGCCAAACCCAUUUUCACAUUUAUAGAUGACAUGACUAUUUAUAUCCAGUGUGAUAUCCAGAACAGCCGUGAAAGCAUAAAAUGAUGAACUAUCGCUUUUACCACUGUGUUUUUGAAAAUGUCUGCAGAGCCGUGCUGUUUGUUUGUUUGGUGCUGGCACUGCUUCUGAGCAACAUUAAAAAAAUCACUUGAUUUAUUACCCUUCUAUGGAUAAUCAGUUGGGUACUGCAUUUUAUUGUCGUCAUUUUAGAUCAAGACCUGCUUUUUUCAGCUGAAUUUUUUUUGAUGCAACAAGUUGACCAUGUUUUAGUUUUUUUUUUGUUUUUUUUUUAAAGUUGCAUUAUAGCCCAAGAUUAAGUUUGAACUUAGGUUUUCAUUUAAGUAUAGUUUAAGGUGUGCGCUGUCAUACUCAAACCAAUUACUUUUUGUAGAGCGUUUUCUUGGAAAAAGUUUAGUUUAAAGAUUGAAAUGCGUUGUAAACCUGUACCCCCCAAAACCAAAAAAUAUUUGUAAUUUAUAGUAAGUGCUAAAUUAAGGACUGUCAUAUAGAAUGGUACAGUUAGAAUGGCUUCAUCCAGUGUGUUGCUAAAUCCUCAAUGCUGUUUAUAUACUUUAGGAUUUGAUUGUUAACUUUGAAAACUGCUCAAGCAAACAAACCAAAGAAUAUGAAUUUGGUGACUCAUUGCUGUAAAUGUUUGUUUGUUUGUUUAUUUAUUUAUUUAUGAGAUACCUACCAGGCAUCAUUUUGGAAUGACUGUGUUUUACUUUAAUGCAGUUUAACAAAGCAAUUUAGCGUAAAAUAUUAAGAUUUUCUUUUGGGUGGUAAUAAAACAAAAAUCAUAUACGGUAGUUUAGGCAACAAGCCUACUUUUCCCGUCAGUUCUUCUCAACAUGGUAUUUCAGGCUGUAGUGAAUCUGUGGAAGUUGACUCCUUUUGCAGCAUGUUUGUGUGUGUUUUUUGUGGUGUUUUUUUCUGGGAUGAAAUUAUUUUUGGACUUUAUAAAAUUGAUAUUUUGCUUAUAUUUAAUUUUAUUAAUUGAAACAUUAUUAGAAUUUAGUAAAUUAUGCCUGAAAUUACCAGUGUGUAUUUUCUCAAGCAAUUUUAAAAAUUAUAUUGUCCAAAACCUUUGCAAGUAUUGCUUAGUUUUGCUGACUGUAGUUUUUAAAAUGAGAAUCUGUGCCACAUAUAUUCCAAAGCUUUUUGAAAUUGUUUUUAUGCACCUUCUGAUGGAUUCUAUGGAAGCUUAUUACCACCAUUAAAAAAAAAAAAAAAAAGAUAUUGUGCUAUUUCUCAAAUUAUUGUAUUUUGCAAUAAUUAUUUUACAAAAGAAUUCUGUAACUUCAUAAAGGCAUUGCCUGCUGCGGUUGGUAAUUGUGUACACAUAAGCUCCCAUUGUCUAGAGGCAGCCAGUGAUGGAGAAGUUAAGCACAUGCAUAGUAUGCAAUGAAGUGAGAAGAACUGAACAGAAAUUUUGUUUACAUAUUGUAAUCCUGCAUGUGCUGUGGGGUAAGUUUAAUCAGCCCAGUUUAGGAUCACAGGGAGCCAGGGAUCAUCCCUGUACCACUAUGCAAGAAGCAAACAUAGUGGAUGGUACGCUGGUCCUUUGGGCACAAUCACACAGCCAAUUAGAAAAGAGUGUCCUGCAUGCACUCCAAUAACAGAAACCCAUAAAUAUUGUGUAAGUUCACAGAAAAUAUUGGAUUAAAUUAGAUACUUUUUUUGAAACAUUGUGAUCUGGUGGUGCAGCCACUCAUGUUUAUAUCUUGAAUCUUCAGGGGCUCGGGAUGGGAAUCAAAGUUAUUUACAUGAUAGACUAAACAGAUUUAGUUAAUCGAGAGGCAGUACUGACUGAUUUCCAGUAUUCAAUGUUAAAACAGGUAAUCAUAUACAGUUAAGCACACUGUGAUACCAGUCAAUCCACAAAUUCACGGGGAGAACAUGCGACUGCCAUGCAAACACUACUGCUAUGAGGCAGGAAUGACAGCUCUGCGGUACAACUCUGCCAAUGUUAAAAACACCUGUGCUAAACUUGUUAAACUUUAACCUGUUUAAAACUAAAUGUAUGCUUGUAAAUUUUGUUCCUUCUCUCUUGAUUGUACACUAUGUGUGUGCUUAACUGCUCCCUCAAUAGCUGUCACUAGACGCUGAAGCACUUUGUGCACAUUGUUAUAGCAGCAGGCAAUAUUGUGAAAUAUUGCAAUUCUUUAGCUGAAUAAUUUUUUUAGGUGCUGUGAAUAAGCUUCACCAUUGUCUACAUGUGAUUGUUAAUUACUGUCUUGUCAAACAUUAUUUAAGUUGCUGCUUUUAUUGUAAUGCUUUAAUUUGAAGUAGUUUAGGACAACAUGAAUGUAUUUGUUUAUUGAAAAGCUAUUACUUAGUGGAAAGUUCACUUAAAUGUUAAAACUAACAAAAUUACUAACCAUUCUUGUCAGACCAGUUGUAUUUCUGUGCUUUUAUCUAAUCCCUGCAGGGAUUUAGCCAUUACACCGGCACAGACCAUGCACAUGUGUCUUAUUAUUUUGAGGAUUCCCAAAAAUUUAAGGAUGAGUUUCUAUUGCAAGUACGGCAUUAAUUAGGAGAACACUGAAGUCAGGCAGAUGGAGCUACACAUAAAAAGGAAGGAGUUUUUUUUUUUUAACUGGUUAGUUAUUUUGCUGCUGAAGUAUCAAACUGGCCAUUGGUAUAUUUUGUGUACAUUGGUUUAACUUAAAAUAUUUCAUCCCAAGACUAGGAAAUUAAUGUAAACUAAUAUAAAUGUUUGCUGAUAGUUAUGCUCCCUUUUAGUCAUCUAAAGCAAUACAACAUUUUACAGUUAAGACUUUUAAACACAUAGAAAUGUUUCCUUGAACAUCCAGAUCGGUAGCACCAGUAUAUGCCAGAUUCUGCACAUGAUGAUGGGCCAUUCUUUUUUUGACAUUGAAUCAACAAGAGUGUGUUAUUACAGUAAAACUGAAUGCUGUGCUGAACUUGCCAAGUCAUAGAACUUAAAUUGCAUAAGGCAACUUCUCACUCGUCUUUAGUUGCUAACUGGUGAAACAAACAUCAAAACCUUUCUAUUUCUGCUGUGAUAGUUGCUGACUUACGAGACCAGGACACUGUACAGUGACUUACAUACAGUGAUUUGUUUUCCUAAAAGGUGAUACCCAGACUAGUUUAGUAACUUGCUCAGGGUCACACAGUGAUUAGAAAGCAGGUAUUGGACUAUUGGCCUUGUAGUGCACAGUUGCUACGUUAGACUUUCAGUCUUGUUUAUAUUAUGUCCCAGAUGUGUACAAAACACUAUAGGCUGUAAUGCUGAAGAAGUGUCACAUAUUUAGUUGAAGACCUGAUGCCACCUUAUGUUAUCAAGAGCUACAAAUAUUUAUUUGCAUUUUCAUCAUCCAUGUAAAACCAAAUGAAGGGAGAACCAACUGGGAGAAGAGCAGCACCUAUGCACUUUCUGCUCGUAAAGAUUUUGGCUUCCUUCCAGCCUCUAUAAAUGAAUGCAACUUGUACAUCUGUGCAGUUCUCUUUUGCUCUUAGAAUAGUCAUGUUUUACAGGAGAUGCAUAUUCUCAUUCUCUUCACAUAUCUCAGUUUUACUAGAUGUUUUUGCCCUUGUCAUAAAGUUAACAUUUGGUUCCACAUUUUUAAAUAACUUGAACCUUUUCCGUGUUGUUGGACAUAAAUCUGUUAACGCACUUAAGUUGUUCAUUUAUUCAAAGUCCAGCAAAUCUUAACAGCUGGUAGAACAAAAUUGCACAAAAGUGUAUCCUGUCACUGGAUUGGUUUUCCUCUGUUGAAAGAUGACCAAGUAAGUUUCUUGAAUUAACUUCCAUUUUUGGCGGUAUGCUGGCUAGUAUUGCCCUUCUCACACAUACUGCAUUGUGGGUUUAAAUCUUGUGACUGAUUGUUGUCCAUGUGGAGUUUGCAAGUUGUCUCUGUUGUUGCAUAGUUUUACCUCUGCAUACCCGGGCUUUCCUCCCAAGUUACCAAAAACAUGCAGAUUAGGUCACUCGGUGAUUCCUGAUUGGCCCUGUGUGACUAUGGGCAUGUGCACAAAUGGGCUGUGCAUUGGACUGAUGGCUUUUUCUGGGGCUGUUUCUGUCUUGUGCCAGUUGCUGUCUGGAUUGGCUCUGAACCCCUAUGACCCUAAACUGGAGUAAUGUUUCAUUGUUGCUAUUUUGCAAUUGAGUGUAGAGAGGAUGGGAUUGCAACAUAUUGAUAUACUUGAUUGUAUUUCUUCAGAAUCCAGGAUACCCUCUUUGUAAAUUCCAAUUCACAGCAGCACCCCCAGACACCAUGACUUCAUGCCUUUGAGGCCUGACGUGGUCUUCUAAAUAUACUAACACAGAUACCUCAUUUAUGUUAAUAAAGCCUUUUAUUCUUCCUGCAUUUCAUGUAAUUUCAAAGGGCAUGUACUUUAAUGAAUACAAGGAUUUUUAAAAAAUAACCAAUGCUUAACAAAACCUUUUUCUACACUCUUGAAAUAUAUCCACUCCAUCUUCACAACUUUGUUCGUAUGUCAGAACCUCACACUACCCGAGUCUUCCAGUACAUAUCAGUUGUAGCCUUCAUUUAGUCAUGGCACACACCAGUGACUACCCAUAGUGUAGUGCUACAAACCCUGUGACUCAGUCUUAGCAGUUUACCAAGCAAGAAUUUGUCUUAAGUAGUAGUGGGCUCCUGUAUGUGAGAGAGCCGAUGGGCAAUGAGUGCUCACCUUAACAUGCAGGACAUACAGUGUGAACAUAAGGAAACCAUGCAAUCAGAUUUAGAAGCUUGCCUGUUCAAAGUCGUGUUUUUGUUCUACCACUGCAGAAUGAAAGAAUAGGAGCAGAGGCUGAAGCUGCACUCCCCCAUGCUUAGUGAGACAAUCGCACAGCCACCAGCGCAAUCAGGCAGUGCAUCCAAUGACUGUGAAAAGGUGGCAAGCUUGUGAUACUAGAAAUCUGAAGCUGUGCUGAGAAGCUCUGAAGUAGUUACGUAAUCUGACAUCUUUCUUCAAGUUGAGGAGAUAUACUUAACUGCAUUUGUCAAGUUGAAAUUGUGUUCCACCUUGAAAUCAUGUAGUGUGCCUAAGAGAAGCAAAACUCCUGUGACGAUGAGAUAAGAAAAGUCAGGUGAUUUGGGACAGGUAUGACAGCAAAUGCUAACUAGUUUUAUUUUUGUGUCUCAGUACUUGUGCUCUGUUUUGGAACUGGGCGACUGAACUCAACAAAUGUCAUUUUUUCUACAUGAAGAUAACAGAAAUACCCCAUAUUACCUCACUGUCCCAGUAUUUUGGCUUCUUACUGUAGCUACACAAGCGUCAGAUUAGCCUUUUCUUUAUAAAUCUCCUAUUUAAACAAAUAGGGUUUUCCAUAGUUACAGUUGUCUAGCUUUGAGGUGAUGAUCAUACUAGCAGCGAGCACAAAGUUCACCAAUAAAUUGAACACCAAGCCUCUCAAAUAUAAAAGGGAAGUUGUGAGAUGACGAUAAAAAUGUGUUUAAUGUAUUGCUGAGUUCACUUGACCAUCCAUGCAGGAUUUGAUUGAUUGGAGAAAAAAAAACACAUAAAAAGGGUUGCAUUGUUUGGUUUGAAAUAUGACACUUUUAUUAAAUUUCAUCAUUCUACUGUAAAACGUGCAAAACACUAAACGAACAAAGUCAGAAGUAUAGAAACUGUAAUAAUGAUGAAUAAUAAUAAUAUGAACUGCACAUGUGAGAGUGAUGUCACUUUCAGAUUCACCCUAAUCCUUUUCAGUUUCACUGCCUGAAGACGGACUCGCUUUGUCAUCAAUGCUGAUGAGAGGCGUUUCGUAUGAGGCGCCAUUAUGAGGUGAGGAGAAGACGUGUCUAUACCAUUGUCCGAGUAACACUUAGCACUAAUGCUGUUAGCAGUUUUACACCCUGAGUAAUCCUCGGGUCUUAACACAUCUGUACAGUUGCCUGAGUGACACUCGGGACUAGCACUUUUAAGCACCAUUUUUUUUUUUACAGCCCGAGUAACUCUCGGGUCUAACGCGAAGGAGAUUAAAGGAUGAAGUAAUAGAAAAGCACAUCUUGUGUCUGCUUGUGUGGUUUAAUCCACAUAUUGUAAACUUGCAACAGCCAAGCAAAGCAAAACUUCCAUUAAAAAAACUGCUAAAGAAAAAGUGUGUGGAAUCAUCCAGAAAACCCAGCAGACGUGAUGGUGCUGUACAUAUCUGGGAAGAAAUUUUGGUGUUGACCACAUUGAUUUAGUAAGCAGGUUACAUAGCAGGCAUGAUCUGAAAGAAACUUAAUAUUGACACAUAUUAGUUAAUGUUUAAAUAACAAUCUUCCACCUGAAGAAUCUGCUAGCUCUCCUUGGACAUCUUUAGAGGACCAAGUGGAAUCAUCAGGGGUGCCAUUUUAGAAAAGUGCACUGAAUAUCAAGGCAGGGAGACCAGCAAAAAGGUGGGAAAGGUCGGGUAUAGACGAAGCGCAUCUGUUAAAACUCGGCAGUGGUCACUAAGCUCUGAUUCUUUCCAAAAAAGUUAUUUUAAUGUAAUUUAGGAUGGUAAUCCCACUAAUAAUUAAUUGGAUCUAAAUACCCCAUAUGUAUAAAUAGUGUUUUGAUUUUUUAAGUAGUAUUACUUGUUUUUUUCUUUGUUGUCAGUUUUAACAGUGCACAAGCUGUAGGCUUAAAAUGUUUUAAGCACCUGAAGUUCCCCCCAGCCCUCCUCUGGCACUUGCUUCCCUCCUUAGUUCAUCUGCACAUUACCUUCAAAAUGGAAUGCAUUUUAACUCAGAAUCAAAAUGCAUGUUAAAGCACUCGACACAAUGAAAAUGAAGAAAAACGUACAAUUAGAUGUUCAUUUACUUCAUGUCGUUACGCAGCUCCAAUAUAAAGCUUUGUCCUUGUUCAAGGUUCAGUACUCUUUGUUAAAAUAAAAAUGGGGUCUUUUCGUGGUUGCACCAGCGCUUACUAACAUUAACAGCAGAAAGCGGCCAAGUCACUCUUGGUGUCUUUCUGAAUACAGUGAGGUGAACUUCCAGUCUUGAUUUGAUACUUUCACUUUGUAAAUGUUUAACCCUACAAUAGUUGUGCUUGAAAGUUUGUGAACCCUUUUAGAAUUUUCUAUAUUUCUGCAUAAAUAUGACCUAAAACAUCAUCAGAUUUUCACUCAAGUCCUUAAAGUAGAUAAAGAGAAGCCAGUUAAACAAAUGAGACAAAAAUAUUAUACUACGUCAUUUAUUUAUUAAGGAAAAUGAUCGAAUAUUACAUAUUUGUGAGUGGCAACUGUAUGUGAACCUCUAGGAUUAGCAGUUAGUUUGAAGGUUAAAUUCGAGUCAGGUGUUUUCAAUCAAUGAGAUGACAAUCAGGUGUGAGUGGGCACCCUGUGUUAUUUAAAGAACAGGGAUCUAUCAAAGUCUGCUCUUCACAACACAUGUUUGUGGAAGUGUAUCAUGGCACGAACAGGAGAUUUCUGAGGACCUCAGAAAAAGAGUUGUUGAUGCUCAUCAGGCUGGAAAAGUUUACAAAACCAUCUCUAAAAAGUUUGGACUCCACCAAUCCACAGUCAGAAAGAUUGUGUACAAAUGGAGGAAAUUCAAGACCAUUGUUACCCUCCCCAGGAAUGGUCGACCAACAAAGAUCACUCCAAGAGCAAGGUGUGUAAUAGUCGGCGAGGUAACAAAGGACCCCAGGGUAACUUCUAAGCAACUGAAGGCCUCUUUCACAUUGGCUAAUGUUCAUGUUCAUGAGUCCACCAUCAGGAGAACACUGAACAACAAUGGUGUGCAUGGCAGGGUUGCAAGGAGAAAGCCACUGCUCUCCAAAAAAAAACAUUGCUGCCUGUCUGCAGUUUGCUAAAGAUCACGUGGACAAACCAGAAGGCUAUUGGAAGAAUGUUUUGUGGACAGAUGAGACCAAAAUAGAACUUUUUGGUUUAAAUGAAAAGCGUUAUGUUUGGAGAAAGGAAAACACUGCAUUCCUGCAUAAGAACCUUAUCCCAUCUGUGAAACAUGGCGGUGGUAGUAUCAUGGUUUGGGCCUGUUUUGCUGCACCUGGGCCAGGAUGGCUUGCCUUCAUUGAUGGAACAAUGAAUUCUGAAUUAUAUCGGAGAAUUCUAAAGGAAAAUGUCAGGACAUCUGCCCAUGACCUGAAUCUCAAAAGAAUGUGGGUCAUGAAGCAAGACAACGACCCUAAGCACACAAGUCGUUCUGCCAAAGAAUGGUUAAAGAAGAAUAAAGUUAAUGUUUUGGAAUGGCCAAGUCAAAGUCCUGACUUUAAUCCAAUCGAAAUGUUGUGGAAGGACCUGAAGCGAGCAGUUAAUGUGAGGAAACCUACCAACAUCCCAGAGUUGAAGCUGUUCUGUACGGAGAAAUGGGCUAAAAUUCCUCCAAGCCGGUGUGCAGGACUGAUCAACAGUUACCGGAAACGUUUAGUUGCAGUUAUUGCUGCAAAGGGGGUUCACACCAGAUACUGAAAGCAAAGGUUCACAUACUUUUGCCACUCCCAAAUAUGUAAUAUUCGAUCAUUUUCCUUAAUAAAUAAAUGACCAAGUAUAAUAUUUUUGUCUCAUUUGUUUAACUGGUUUCUCUUUAUCUACUUUUAGGACUUGAGUGAAAAUCUGAUGAUGUUUUAGGUCAUAUUUAUGCAGAAAUAUAGAAAAUUCUAAAGGGUUCACAAAUUUUCAAGCAUAACUGUAAGUGAUUGUUCAUUUGUUUUGUUUUUCCUUGUUUUUGGCAUUGCAAGGCUAACUGAUGAAACAAACCGAAUUCCUCCGAGUUGCUGCACACAGUGCUCUACUAAAGGGCUCGGCCCCGGCAACACAAGCGCAUCGCCAGUAAUGGCCGCGUACCCCAUACACUCUUACGUCACUUAAGUGGAGAAUCCAGGAAUGUCGGUACCACUCUGAACAUGAAUGUUGUGUAGACCAGUUACAGAUGUAGAAUUACUUUGUAUGUAAUGUACAUAUUAAAGAUUGUAUUUUGUUCAUUUUCUUAAUAAAAUUGAAACAACA